AUCCAUUUUUCCCUUUUGGAAAUGAGGGCACCGGACAUUUUUUGGAUUCUUGAUUUUUUCCUUUUUUGUGGGAAAUUAUCUUUAGCCGCUCCGCUGCGUUUUACACUAUCUCAGCCCAUACACUGGAAGGAUAUUUAUACGGCAAAGGAAUAUCUUGACAAGUAUUACAGUGACAGAGGAACAAUGCGAGUGGCUGAGAUGGUAGCUGAUGAUGUCUCUAUGUCAAGAAAGAUUAGAAAAAUGCAAAAGUUUUUUGGCCUUCAAGUGACUGGAAAGUUGGAUCAUUCUACGCUCGCAGUCAUGCAGAAGCCACGCUGUGGGAUGCCAGAUCUGGCUAAUUAUCAUGUUUUUCCAGGAGAGCCUAAGUGGCAAAGAAGUUCUUUGACUUACAGGAUUACAAAGUACACCUCUAGCCUUAGCACACAAGAUGUUGACAGAGCUGUGGACCUGGGGUUAAAAGCAUGGAGUGAUGCUGCCCCUCUGAAUUUCAUCAAAACAACUCAAGGAGAAGCUGACAUCAUGAUUUCAUUUGAAUCUGGAGAUCAUGGAGAUUCUUAUCCCUUUGAUGGACCCCGAGGGACUCUGGCUCACGCGUUUGCUCCAGGCGAAGGCUUAGGGGGCGAUACUCACUUUGACAAUGCGGAGAGGUGGACAACAGGAAAGAAUGGGUUUAACCUUUUCACUGUAGCUGCUCAUGAAUUUGGCCACGCAUUAGGCCUGGGGCAUUCAAGUGAUCCCUCAGCUUUGAUGUACCCAACAUAUAGAUACCAGCAUCCCAUUGGAUUCCAGCUGCCAACAGAUGAUGUGAAAGGGAUUCAAGCUUUGUAUGGAACUAAGGGAAUAGGGAAAGAAAAGCCCAUGGCACCUCAACAACCAGCCAAUAAACCAGAUCAGUGUGACCCAAAUCUAUCUUUUGAUGCUGUUACAGUCCUUGGAAAUGAACUUUUGUUCUUCAAGGAGAGGUCUUUUUGGAGGAGACAGGCCCCACUUACCAACAUCGGGCCAAGCCCAAUCGCAAGUUCAUUCCCACAGUUGAUGUCGAACGUUGAUGCUGCCUAUGAAGUCGCAGAACAAGGGACAGCAUAUUUUUUUAAAGGACCUCAUUACUGGGCAACUAGAGGAUUACAAAUGCAAGGACACCCCAGGACCAUUUAUGACUUUGGUUUUCCAAGGCACGUACAGAAAAUAGAUGCUGCUGUCCACCUAAAGAACUCCAGGAAAACUCUGUUUUUUGUUGGUGAUGAUUAUUACAGCUACGAUGAAACAAAGAGGGAAAUGGAGGAUGAUUACCCAAAGAGCAUUGAUGACGAAUUUACUGGUGUGGAAGGAAAUAUUGAUGCAGCAGUUGAAGUUAAUGGAUUUAUUUACUUCUUCUCCGGUCCAAAGGCUUAUAAAUAUGACACUGAAAAAGAGGACGUGGUUAAUAUUGUGAAAUCCAGUUCCUGGAUUGGAUGCUAAAAACGUUCUGAGAAGAUGGUUACAAUCACUUCGCAUUCAUGGGGCAAUCGGGUUUUGACAUCAACAUCAAAGAAGAGUUGGAAAUUUUCAAAACACAAAACUAUGAUUUUAACUUAAAGCAAAAUAUUUCUUAUUUAUUAGUUUCGGUUCGACAAUUUCUUUCCUUGUAAGGUCAUGUUUGCAUAGAAUAUCCAUCUCCUGGUUAUAUUUACAUUACUAUAUACGACUGGGGGUGUUACAUUGUUUGCUGUUGUUGUGGUACAUUCUCUAGAAUGACUUUGUUGAUGUUGCCAAGAAUUAUUACAGUAAAUAAUAAUUGUAC